GCCAGCCAGGGGAUACAUGUUUGCAACCGUAGAGUCCCUGUCAGCCUCAGGCCAAGAAGAAAACCUCAUGAUGUGUUCCCUUCCCUCACAGAGGUUGCAGUCAGGCAGGUGUAAGACAAGGAAUGUUUUACCAAGACCUGAUGAAAGAAGUAGGAGUUGCCAGGUUGUGAUGGAAGAAGAAGCAGUACAGGGUGAGGUGGAAGACAUGCAAGGGAAGCAACAGACAAGGCUUCACAGUAGAAGGCAAGAUCAUCCAAGGAUGUGCAAGGAUAAACUCUAAAUGCCGCUGUCCACUCAGUGCCUCUGGACUACAAGGGUGGAAGAGUAACAUCUUUUGGAGGAAAGAAGAAUCGGCUUCCUUUCCUGAGUAUUGUGGAUGUACAAGAGCUAGCUGCCUCAGAACAAUAAUCAGAUGGCUAUCUUUGUUUUGUGUUAGGAAACAAAAUCAGUUAUAAGAGUCCAUGUUGAUCUUGGAAUCAGAAGGAUUACAAAAGGUUAAAUUUUCAUGAAGAACAAGGACAUCACCAUCUCCUCUUUGAUCUGAACGCUGGGGAACAAUGGAUAUCAUAGAGACAGCAAAACUUGAAGAACAUAUGGAAAAUCAGACCAACGAUCCUGCCAACACAUACACGAGACCUGCUGAACCUGCUGAAGAAGAAAGCAAAAAUGGCAACGGGAAACCCAAGAGCUUAUCCAAUGGGCUGCGGAAGGGUGCCAAGAAGUACCCAGACUAUAUCCAGAUUGCUAUGCCCACUGAGUCUAGGAAUAAGUUUCCCCUGGAAUGGUGGAAAACGGGCAUCGCGUUUGUGUACGCACUCUUCAACCUCGUCCUGACCACCGUCAUGAUCACAGUCGUGCACGAGAGGGUCCCUCCCAAGGAGCUCAGCCCUCCACUGCCAGACAAGUUUUUUGAUUACAUUGAUCGGGUGAAAUGGGCAUUUUCUGUAUCAGAAAUAAAUGGGAUGAUAUUAGUUGGAUUAUGGAUCACCCAGUGGCUGUUUCUAAGAUACAAGUCCAUCGUGGGGCGCAGGUUCUUUUUUAUCAUUGGGACUUUGUACCUGUAUCGCUGUAUCACAAUGUACGUUACUACUCUCCCUGUGCCUGGAAUGCAUUUCCAGUGUGCUCCCAAGCUCAAUGGAGACUCUCAGGCAAAAAUACAGCGGAUUCUUCGGUUGAUCUCCGGUGGUGGCUUAUCCAUUACUGGAUCACAUAUUUUGUGUGGAGACUUCCUCUUCAGCGGCCACACAGUUGUGCUGACACUGACUUACUUGUUCAUCAAGGAAUAUUCACCUCGUCACUUCUGGUGGUAUCACUUACUGUGCUGGCUGCUGAGUGCUGCUGGCAUCAUCUGCAUCCUCGUAGCACACGAACACUAUACUGUCGACGUGAUCAUCGCUUACUACAUCACUACUCGGCUGUUUUGGUGGUACCACUCCAUGGCCAAUGAAAAGAACUUGAAGGUCUCUUCCCAGACCAAUUUCUUAUCUCGAGCCUGGUGGUUCCCCAUCUUCUAUUUUUUUGAGAAAAACGUCCAAGGCUCCAUUCCUUGCUGCUUCUCCUGGCCACUGUCGUGGCCGCCUGGCUGCUUCAAGUCAUCAUGCAAGAAGUAUUCACGGGUUCAGAAGACAGGCGAAGAGAAUGAGAAAUCGACCUGAGGACAACAGGCAUGAGCCCUUGGAUACCAAAAGAAUGAGCGCUGUAACCAAAGGUAUAGUUCUAAUAUUUUUAUUUCAGGAGAACUGACUGCUAAAUAAAGGAGUGGACCAAAUUCCGUGUACACGAUUAGCAAGGUGAACCAAGUAUUAACCAUGGACUGGUUGUUGAUUUUUUUUUUUUAAUUCAUCCCAAGAAAGACGCCUUCUCCUGCAGCACUUCAUUGGCUGGUGACAAACCCUCAAACUGGGAUUUUGCUAGUGAGCUUGUUAAAGAGGUGCCAAAGAACUGACUGCUCCUUUCCUUAUUCUUUUUCCACUAAACCUUCUACUUCAGAAUUUUUUCAUGGUUUAUUUUCCUCCCAAGGUCAGAAGAAAUGUAUUAAUGUUUUAAAUAAAAUACCUGGAUUUAUACAGCCAAUGUAUGGGCAGAAUAAGCUAAUGUUGAAUGCUGGUUCACAUCAGGCUUGGCGAUGAGCUGGCCGUCUGUGAACUGUGGGUUUUGUUUCAGUGCUGUCGGGAGGCAAGGAUUGGUGUCAGGUCUGGGGGAAUAACGCCCACCUACUGCCACCACCCAGGGCACUAGAUAACACUUUCACUUUGAAGAAAAAAAAAGUAGGGGGAGUGAUCGCAAGUAUGAAAGCAUUUACCAUGCCCUAUAGAUUUUGCACCUAUCACUAUUUCACUUUAAAAUCUCAGACAGAUAUUCAGGAUACCUGGGGCUAUUUUUCUGCUCAUGAGUGGUCCUUGCACACACACACACACUAAGGUGCUGUCUGCUUGGUCAGUUUGCAACCCGUACCCCAGGGACUGUCGACCACUCAAGCACGAGCUGAGAACACAUGCACGAAUUGCUGUUCGUGCCAUUUUGAGGGGCAGGCCUGUGUUUCCAGGUCAGGUCCUCACGUCCUAUCUGGUUUUAAAUCCUCUCAUUGGUCAUGCUUCAUUGAGAAUGAUCUUUGCUAGUUUGACCGUACAUUUUGGGAAACUAAGAUGGAGCCUGAACACUUAACGUAUCCAUGCCUUUCAGCAAGAGACUCAGCCUCCCCCGGACUAGUUCCCCAGGACAAUAUAGCCCAAUGGAGCACUUCUACCCCGUGACAAGUCCCACAUGGUGCUGCACUACAAUAUACUUUUGGGAUCAGUGCAUUCAGCUGAGGUAGCUGCAAGGCAAAGGGGUGACUGUUUUCUAAAUUUCUUUGAGGUGAUGCACCACAACAGAUUGUUUUGUAACCUGGUCACAUAUGAGCACAUUGUUUCAUGCCAUGGAAUCCUGUGGCUAUUUCUUGGCUUAAUUUGCCAGCUAGUACAAAGUUAAUUUGCAAGAGUUCUAGUAACCUGGGGGGGGGAAAAGUUUGAAGGUUACAAAGUGUCUUCACCACUAAGGCAGAAAAGGAGCGGCCCCUGCAGGUGGAGGAAGGGCAUUACAUCGACAUUGAGGGUGAAGCUUUCCUUUUCCUUAGCGUGGAAAUUCCAAAUUAAUCCUCAUAAACCUCUCAGCCUCCAUUAUAUAAAAUCAACUUUUCAAUUGCUUGAGUAAAGCACAAUACAAAUUUCUGGAGAAGAGUCCUCAUCUCUGGUGCUAAAAUUCUGUGCAUGUUUCCAAAAUGGUUCUGUCUACACAACAGGAGGGCCACUAGUGGAAGGAGAGUUGAUUCGAGAGUGAAAUGACUAAUGUAAUUGUGUUAACGCAGAAUUGAAGCCCUUCACCUAUUUGGCAGGCUUAGAAAUACAAGGAUUUUUCUGCAGUUUCUUAUUAAAUAAACCAGUACAAACAUCUAUUUUCCUGAUGUUUUUAGACAAAAUUCUAUGCAAUCUUUUGCUUGUGCUCACUUAUUAAAUAUUGACACUUGUGCUAGAACAAGGCAGUCUGCUCAAAAACACUGGGUUUCCAAUUGCCGUUAUGUGAUCAUGAGGAAAUUUAUCUGAUAUUGUUCUUGGGGUUUUCUCUCCAAACAUAGUUUUUUUUUUUUCCUUGAGCCUCUAAUUCAAAUAAAACAAUCUGAUAUGCCUUAGAGUCUUAUUUAGCCAUGUCUUAGAGUAAACCACCUUCCUUCCAGUGAAUAAGGAAAAAUGUUGAAGCUUUAAAAAUCAUUGUGUAUUGAUUGUUGAACGCCUUGAAGCAGUAAGCCUUGCAUUUUGGUCAAGUCAUCCUGUUUUUCAAACACAAGACCAUCACCUUUUAAAGAACUUUAAAAACACUGGUGAAGCCAUGUCUGUGGACACUCCACCCCCUUGUUUUUCACGGGUGUCAUAGCUGUCUAGCAAGUUACUAAGUCAAGCAUAUAGUUUGAAGACACCAAAGUUUCAAGAUGGGAACAAUAAGAGAUAUUCAUUUACAGAUAGUAACUUGAAACCCAAAAUGUCAGUUUGGCUGACAAAACAUCAGUCCUUGGAGCGCCUUGUCUUUGCCAGUGAGGACACAGAGCUGACCUGUGGCGUUGUACUUGCAGGCCUGUGCUCCGACUGAAAGCUUUACCUGUUAUUCUGUCCUGUGAAAUGUCUGAAACAAAAUUAUGCCACAGUUUUUCUUGAAUUCCUUCCAAUGGAAAUGAAGCUCUAUGAUUCUAGUUUUUUAGCUCUUCUACUCGAUCUAAAAAUAAAGUAUUCUCUCCCAGUGUCACCUGAAAUAAUUGUGAAUUUGUUGCUUCAUUUUACUGCCAUCUUGGGAAAUAAGAUAUGCAGUGGAAGGCAGGCCAUUUGGAGUGAGCCUAGAGUGUCCAGUCGGAUUGCAUUAGGAUUCUUGGUUGUGUUACCAGUGCCCCCUUGUGGCAAUUUUAUUUACUUUACUUGGAACUCAAUUCCCACGUUUUAAAGUGUUUUGAGGGCAUUUGUUUUUCACUUUUGCCAAUAAUCUGAAAGUACCAUGUGAAAGAAAUUAUUUUAAAGGCCUUUUAAGUCAUUGGCAGAAGAUAAAUGUGAUCAGAUUAUAUGGAGUUGCAAAUCUAAUCUUGUAUCCAUUUUAUCAAAGUGAAUUUGCAAAUUACCUCUUCCUGUCACAAUCAUUAAUGUCUCCCUUUGUAACUACCACCACUUGUUUACUCUGAACAUCAAACCAGGCUUUCCAAUGGUUUUCUUAUUUACAUGCUACAUUUCAGGCAGUUUCUUUUUUUUUAAUUGAAAGAUCAUAUCUUGUUCUUUAAAUAUUUAUAUGCUUUUUUGAAUCUUAUUUUGUUGUCUAUUUUUUGUACUGUAAAACUGAAUGCAGAUUUAAGCCGGUCUUAGCACACUCACCUCGCAGUGUAAUGAAGUGUGAGAAGGAAUUUCUUAAUGAGUUUACAUGUUUAAAUCAAGUAUCUUGUAAGUUAGAGGCCAUGUGUUGAAGACUUUUUUUUUUCUAUUUGUUAUGUAGAAAGAUUCCUGGGAUUUUUGUUUUUAAUGUCAUGAUGUUGCAAUAAUUUAAUUCCUUUGACUCCGUUGCUGCAAAUAUUUUUUCUAUUAAGAAGUGCUCUUGUCUUCGGUACCCAAACACUGAAAAUCACGUCGAAGGUGCCCAAAGAUGCGUUUUUGUACAGAUAGUCCACCUUACAAAUUCUGAUUUAUUUUAGUACUUGUGAAUCUAACUGUGCUGUGCUCUAAAUGAAUCUUGAAUGAAACGAGUGCUUUAUUAUGGAAUUCUUUUCAAAGAAGAAACUGUAAAAUAAGCUAAUCUGGUUGCCAAGUUGGAAUUCAUUCUUUAAUUUACCUCCUAUGCAAUGAUCGAUGCUGCAGAUGUCUGGUUAGGAUUGGAGAGGUAGCCAGCUGUAUUCUUUUGGAGAUUUACUGUACUGUUCAAUGUGUUAAGUGCCUUGUUGUAAAGUAAAAAUUUUAAGUGUAGAAUUCAUUAUUUUCCUGACAUAUAUUUUUCAUUAUGAUAUCUACUCUAUGCUAUUGGAAUAGUUUUAUUAAAUGCUUACAUUUUAAUCAAAUAUGUACAUUUCAGAGGCUCUUUUCUUCUUCCCAGCAGUUUGUUGAUCAUCUAUCAUAUGGGAUAUGAAUUCAGGCUCUUUUUUUAUUAUUAUGAUUUUGUUCGCUUGUUUAGCUAUAUGUUUUCCAUGUUUGUGUUUUUGUGUUUAUAACAAAAAUUUUUCAGGAGGAAUUUAGGAGUGUAACCACAGUUUAUACUUCUAAAAUGCCAUUUUACAUUGACAUUUUAAGUGCCUAAUUGUUAAACUAAUUUAUGUUUUUAUUCUAAAAGACUAUGUGUGCUUGGUUUCUAAUUUCUUUUGGUUUUGCUUUUAAAAAAACAUGCAAGAGCUUAUACUUUGUAUCUACCCAAUAAACUACAGUGACAUCAACAGUCUUUUCAAAACUGUAUUUUCGGUUUUUUUCUUUUUUCCCUUGAAACAGUUAUUUCCAAGCUUCCUGGAAUUAUCUUAGUUCUGGAGUACUGCCUAAAACACAAGAGGGCUAUUUUCUUCAAGUACUUUUGUUAGAAUAAGGAAUAACUUCAUUGGAUAGAACUGUACAUGGACCAGAGUAUGUUUAAUAUUCCCCUUUCUCUUUGGACUUCAAAUGAAAAGUAAUUGACAACAAUAUAAGGCCCUUCUUGGGGAAGAAAAUUAGUCAGAGCCUCUGUGACUUCAAUUUUUACUAU